AAUCUUGCUGUUUGACCGAUUGGUUAGAUUUUGUUUGAAUAUGACGCGAUUUACCGCCUUGAUUUUAAUUUUUCCUCUAUUGGCUCUACUGGCCAUGGCCAAGCCUUUGGAUUAUACAAAUCCCAAGUCACAAGUGGAAUACAUUAGUAGUAAUUUAGAUGAUGGAAAAAUUAAGCCAAAUAUUGUACCAAUAACACGUCCGCCUUUAAUUAGCCAAACGGCACCCCCAACUCCGUUCAAUUCAAAGAGUUUUGUCUAUAAUCCCAAUUCAAAGACCUGGACACGUAUCAAUCCAGGUGAACCAUUGCCACAAGCACAGGAUGAUGAUACUCCAUUGAUUUGGAAUCAAAGCAACGACAAAUGGCUGACAAAUGGGCCAUAAAAAGGAACAAAUAAAAGGACUAUUAUACAUACAUAAUAAACAUGAAAAUAUGCUUAAA